CAAAAACGGAUGAUUGAUCGUCUAAUAAUAGGUUUGGCAAUAAUGUUAAUGGUUGGAAAUAAUUAUGCAUUUGACAUCCCUUAAGCUCUUGAGAUUCCAAUUGAAAAAGAGUUUAAAUUAACAUAGACAUAAUUUAAUUUGUUAUACAGCAUAUUUGCAGUUCCAAAUAUAGGAUUAUCAAUAGGAGGAGGUAUUAUGAUAGAUAGAAUGGGAGGAAGAUGGGGAGUAAAGAAUAUAUAAUAAAUAGGUAUUUACAUUUUCAUUAAUGUUGGGAUUAUCAUAAUUAUUUAUAGCAUUUGGUGGAUGUUAUUAAAAAUACUAUAUGAUGUUAGUCGGGAGAGCAAUAUUUGGAAUAGCAAGUGAUUUAUUACAUAUUGCAGUAUUUAAAGUAAUAGCAAGAAGAAUGCCACAUUGUUUAGGGACAGCAAUGGGAUUGAUUUUAACAGUUCCAGAAUUGGCAGCAGCUUUAAAUUCAUUUUUAUCACCUUAUUUAUUUGAGAAAACUCAUUCGUUAAAAUUGCCAUUACUAUUUGGAUUAUCAUUAUGCAUUUUGGUAGAGUUUAUGAUGAUAUGAUUAUAGUCAUUUUUAUCAGGAUUAUUAAUGAUAUAUUUGGAUACUAAAUAUGAUUAAAAUAUAGGAGAAGAACCAGAUGAAGAAGUUUCAUUAUCUUAAUGUAAUUUAAAAAAUCUAAAUUAGUUAAGUUUAGCAAACCAUUUAUCAAAAUGAGUUUAAUUACUACAUUGAUGUUGGCUGCUUAUGUUCCAUUUUUAGAUAAUGCGAAUAAAUUUUAUCAUGAAAGAUUCGGAUUUAGUAUAAUGCAUGCUGGUAGAAUUGUUACUGUAGGAUAUAUUGUUGCAGGUAAUUAAAUUAAGUUAAACAUUCUAGCUUUAUCAUCUCCAAUCAUAGGUAUAAUAAGUGACUCUUUUUCUCAUAAACGUCAUUUAUUAAUAGUCAUUUCAACUUUCAUGUUUUUUUUAUCACAUUUACAACUCUAUUAUAUGCCUCAUUCUACACAUCCCAAUUACAUGUCGGUUUUCGCGUAAUUUAUAUUUUCUAAAUAUGUGAAGUUUGAUAACUUUGGGAUUAUCUUAUGCUUGUUAUUCUAGUAUUCUUAUGCCUGCAUUAUAAUCUACAGUACCUGAAAAUAUGUUAGGUAUAUUUAUUAUAUUAUUAAGAGCAACUGCUUUGGGAAUAUUAGGAAUCUUUGAAAAUAUAUGUAUGGCAACUGUCCCCAUGCUUUCAGGAACUGUUUACACUUUUCUUAAAGGAUAAAAAGAUAGAAUGAGAGAUGUUGAUAUUAUUUAUUUAGUGUUAGCAGGUAUUGGAGUUUGUUUAUCUGUUAAUGCAUUACCAUCUUAAGAUAAACAUAUCAAAUUAUAAAAAAAUGCUAAUCAACAAUUACAUCAAAAAAAUGAAGAAAAUAAUAACUUAAUAUGA